AUGGUGAUAGACCGAAAGCUUGAUCCUUCCCUUCCAUUGGAGAGCUUGAAGGCACGGUGGUUUGGGGGUGGGUGUUGGUGGUUGUGGAGUUUUGGUGUGGUUGCUGCAGAAUCCGGUUGUGAGAUUGAUAGGGUGUUGAGGGUGAAACUAAACGAUCCUACCGAAUACCUCAUUUCGAUAUCAGGGUACUAUAGUUUUGGAUCUCAAUUUGUGAACUCUCUUACAUUCCAAAGCAAGAUAAGGCAUUAUGGACCAUAUGGUAAGGAAGAAGGAACUAGUUUUGUAAUCCCGAUAACAGCUAGCAAGAUUGUCGGAUUCUUUGGAAGAGCGAGUAAUUAUAUAAAUUCGAUUAGAGUAUACGUUAAGCCAUUACCAACUAUAAUAAUUGUUGGCCCAUUUGGAACUACUGGUGGGCAACAGUGGAAUGACGGAACCUACAACAAUGUAAGGGAAUUAAUUAUACAUGCCGGAGCGUUAAUUGAUUCCAUUCAAGUUGUCUAUGAUGAUGUCGAUGGAAACCUAGUAUCGGGAGAAAACCAUGGUACUGUCGGCGGCGCAAAAUUCACGGUCAAAUUAGACCCGGAUGAAUUUUUGCUUCCAUUUUGGGGCUACUAUGGACAAGUCGCUGACAUGGUUGUUAUCCGGUCACUUGGAUUUCAAAGCAAUAAAAGAACGAUUGGACCAUUUGGCGUGGAGGAAGGAAAGAAAUUUCAAUCCUCAUCCACUUGUAAUAAGAUCAUUGAAUUCCAUGGAAGGUCCGAGAGCUUUCUUAGUUCAAUUGGAGCAUAUCUUUCUGAGUCAUCUCUUGCCGCAAUACCUGUUGAGGCUAUAAUGCUUGAGGCUAUUGAGGCUACUGAGGCUACAAUACCUGCUGCUGAGGCUACAAUGCUUGAGGCUAUUGAGGCUACAAUACUUGCUGGGGAUGCAAUGCCUGAUGGUCUACUUUGA